AAACAGCCUUUGCUGGUCAUCCCCAGAGAGCGUGGUCACCCUGGCAAGAAAGUGACGACGAAAAAGCAACAUCUUCGCCAUCUGUAGGGUGACUUUGUUGUCAGAUACCCCACCAGCAUUAAACUUUAUAAACUAUGGAAGAUCCUAAUUAGCCCAACAUGGUGGGAUGCUCCUGCACAACUUCUUGUUUUACCGCUGGCCGUUUAUAUUUUCCUGUGAGUUUUCAUGGAUUUAGAGACUCGAGUCACGUUUUAAAGCAGGUGGCUUUUUUACCAUAGCAUAACGGGAUAGCAUCUGGUCAAUGUGUCUUGGCUAAGCCAGGAAGGGUAUCCAGCCUGCAUGGACAGGGCAACAUUCGCCUGUUCCACUGCCUUUUUUCGUGACUACAACAGUUCAUCUCAGGGUGCAUUCUGCCUCCCCGGAGGACACGUUGACUUUAUUGAAAAAGUAGAGUCAUUCACUUACUCGGACUUUUUCCGGGAUUAUUUGAUUCCCAACCAUCCCUGUAUUUUCUCAGCUAAAUUCACUGAAGACUGGGGCAGCAGGAGAAAUUGGGUUACUUGGGAUGGAAAGCCUAACUUUGAUCAUCUGCUGCAGAAGUUUGGAGAGGCUGUAGUACCUGUUGCCAACUGUGAUGUCAAGGAGUACAAUUCUAACCCGAAGGAGCAGCUCCCCUUCAAGGAGUAUAUAAAGUACUGGAAAGAGUACAUUAAAAAUGACUACCGUUCAUCCCGAGGGUGCCUUUAUCUAAAGGACUGGCACCUGAGCAGAGCUUUCCCUGAGCAAGAUGUUUAUACAACCCCUGUGUAUUUCUCAUCCGACUGGCUGAAUGAAUACUGGGAUGCUAUAGCUGUGGAUGAUUACCGGUUUGUCUACAUGGGACCUAAAGGUUCAUGGACUCCGUUCCACGCUGAUGUCUUCCGUUCCUAUAGCUGGUCAGCCAAUAUAUGCGGGAGAAAGAAAUGGCUCUUGUACCCCGCAGGACAGGAGGAGUAUCUGAAAGACCGCCAUGGCAACUUGCCCUUCGACGUGACUGCACCUAGUCUUCAGGACCGGGGUGUUUACCCUCGCUACAACCAAAGUCAACCCCCUGUUGAAAUUGUGCAGGAAGCAGGGGAGAUAGUCUUCAUCCCCAGUGGAUGGCAUCAUCAAGUUUACAAUCUGGAGGAUACCAUUUCCAUUAACCACAACUGGGUGAAUGGCUGCAAUGUGGCUAUAAUGUGGUGCUUCCUGCAGGAUGAAUUAGCAGCUGUCCAGCGGGAAAUCAAUGAAUGGAAAGACCCUAUGGAUGAUUGGCACCUACAAUGCCAGUUGAUCAUGAAGUCUUGCACGGGUAUAGACUACAAAGAGUUCUACAACUUCCUCAAAGUUAUUGCAGAGAACAGGAUUUCUGUCUUGGAAAACGGCCUCGAUGACGAAGCUUCGGCAAAGAACACUCCAAAAGCUGCCAUUUCCACCUUGGGCAUGCUCCAUGCGGUGUUUGAUCUAAAGAGGACUGUGAAGGUGUUAACAUCAUUGAGUGCUAAUGAAGAUUUCAAGAAACUAGACCUGACGUCACUUUCUCCACCUCCGGAGGCAUUGCUCCACCACUUGAAAGCAGCAAUAGAUACAGCGCUACUCUAACUUCCUAUUUAUUCAGUUCUUUGUAAAAUGAACCUUUUGCAAAAUGGGUGUUUGUAGAAGACUGACUCCUCCCUGUUUAAUAGCUGUUGCAGUUUAAGUACAAAGAGCCUUAAUGUGGAGUGAGGAGAGAGUACAUUCAUAAGAAGGCAACACUUUUUAAGUUGACAGCAUUGGAGUAUCUAAAGUGGACAGGAAAAAAAAUCUCAGACACAGGAAAAACCCAAAUCGUGUUAGUAUUAUAUUAUGAGCCCUGCUGGUGAGUAUGCAUUCAGGGACGGGGAACAGAAAUUCUCUGUGGAUCAAGCUUAGGUCUGUCAGGGCGAAACACUGAGAAUGCAGUGAUCUGCACCAUAUUCCCUCUGUUUCUGAGAGCACUGUAUACAGACAGCAAACCUGCACUGCAGACUCCAGCAGUUAAGCUCUGCUUUGUCUGGUCACACCUAAAUUACUUUAAGACCUGUCCUGCUUCCAGGUGCA